GAUGGAGAUAAACAAAGCACGUCUGUUGACCCUGGCGCUGGCUAUUAGUUUUUAUAUUAUUUGUUUAUCAAACUUUUGGCAAAUUGUUCAGUUUGAAAAUGAGACCCGUCUGCGUCGGGAGAGGAACGUGCUGAUGCAUUACAGGACGCAAUGCCAAAUGUUACGACUCAGGAGAAGACGUACCCUCAUGUGCUUCGUCAGACCACGAUCCCGAAAUGCCAGGAGCAUAUGGACAUUUCCACGCAGUAGUAAUUGGUGGCUAAACAUCUGCACCACCUGUACACCUGAGGAAUGGUACAAACACUUCAGAAUGCACAGACAGACCUUUGAUCAGCUGUGUGACACUCUACGGCCCUGGCUGACACGGCAGAAUACGACAUACCGAAGGGCAGUACCUGUAGAGGCUUGGGUGGCAAUUUGUAUCUGGAGACUAGCCACAAACCAAGACUACAGGUCAAUUGGGCAGCUAUUUGGUGUUGGGCUAUCCACAUGCUGCUUGAUCACCCAAGAGGUUGUGACUGCGAUCAAUGUUGUCAUGAAGCCGCAGUACAUAAAACAUCCCACUGCAGCAGAGUUUAGGCAAAUAAUCCAAGGUUAUAGAGAUAAAUGGCAAUUUCCUCAGGUUGUCGGUGCAAUUGAUGGGUCCCACAUAAAGAUCACAGCUCCACAUGAGAACUCCGCUGAUUAUUAUAAUCGAAAGGGUGACUACUCGAUUAUUUCACAGGGUGUGUUUGACCAUAAUAUGAAAUUUUGGGAUAUUAAUGUUGGCCGACCAGGGAAGGUACACGAUGCUCGUGUUUUUGCCCUUUCAUCUUUGUUUCAGCGUGGCAGUGAGGGCACCCUUUUACCCAGCUGGACUGAAAGAUUUGAGGGGGUCGACGUGCCUCUUCUUCUCUUGGGUGACUCAGCCUACCCUCUUUUAACCUGGCUGAUGAAACCUUACCCAGAGGGACCAGGGGUAACACCACAGCAGCUCAACUUCAACCACAGAUUGAGUCAAACCCGGAUGACAGUUGAGCGUGCCUUUGGGCACCUCAAAGGGUGCUGGCGCUGUCUCCUAAAAGUAAAUGAAACCCACAUAACUUUUAUCAGUCGAAUAGUGUCUGCCUGCUGUGUGUUACAUAAUUACUGCGUGGAAAACAAUGACGAAUAUAUCGAGCAAUACUGUGAAACAGCUGUUGAGGACAGAGAGGUUCAUCUGCCAGAGCAUCAUGGGCCAAUGCAACAAAUUAACAUUAGAAAUGCACUGUGUAGAUACUUUUCUACCAUGUAA